CUUGAGCUGGGUUGGGCAGACUUCUUGGUUGAGGAGCUGGAUUUCCCUACUCUUCUGUACCUAUUUAAUUCUCUGUUAUACUUUUUUUUCUUCUUCAUGUCACUCCUUUUCUUGCGGUUGGCCUUAAUAGUUAGCGGGUGACGCUUGCUUCAUUUUCUUGACUCUUAGCGCAGCGCAUUCACAAGGCAAUCCAAACGGCAAUCGCGCGUGUGUUCCCAGGAGAUAUAUCAUAUGCUCCUCCACCCCAUUCUGAACCUGGGAGCUGUUAUCUCUAUGGUGCUGUGCCGACAGUGUGUUUGUGCUCCAGCAUCUGCGGUCAAAGCCCCUCUGAUUGCCUCUUUUUAAUAAAAAAGAACCGCCUUCCAAAGUGACGCUACGAAAGACAGUGGUGUCCAGCGGACAUCCUAACAUGGCUGCAGAAAACAAGCGCCAUGCUAGUGGUGCGAAGGGCCCGGGUGGUGCCAUGACGCCCAAUCCGGGGCCUUCGGGGACUGUGAGCUUGGAGGUGGCGCUCAGUGGAGCUAUUGGAGCUCGCAUCCGAGUCACCACGGCGGCGCCAACCUCUGCCACUCUUGAGGGAACUCUCUUCACUGCUUGCCCUAUUACAAACCUGAUUGCAAUUAAUACAUCCCCCUUGCCACCAACUCCGAUUGCCGCGGGAACUCCAGCACUUGCGCAGCCCGGCGACUUUCACAUUAUCCCGGUGGCCCGCAUUCAGAGCUUCCAACUCCUCUCCCUACCCUCACAGUCUCCCGCAGCUUCCCCAAAUCUGGAUGGUUCCGCUCCAUUUACUGAUGCGUAUCCGACCAUCUAUCCUCUGGACAUCAAGUCUCUCCGAAACCGUGAAGCGGCCGCGGUUGCCAAGCUCCAAGAACGGGAGCAGCGGAGAGGGAAAGGAGUGACAAAGGAGGCUCAGGAUCUUUUUGAUGCCUUUAGCCGCACAAUGCCUGCACGCUGGGAUGACACGAGCAUCGUGGUGGCGGAUGCUGUGAUCAUUUCUAAGCCGUAUCGUGUGGAGGAUUGCCGCUCUCUGAUGACCGAGAAUGGUGGAGUUAGUGCGGCUUUGAUUAGAGUCCGAAAGGUGCUUGAGAUGGAACGGAAGAAGAUAGAAUUGCGUAAUGCUUUCCCUGAUUCUCCACAAACAGCCGAUCCCAACGCAAACGCAAAUCGCCCCAGCGGCACGGCCGCUAACACUCGUGAUCGAGAUCUACGCGCUGCAGCUGUAGCAGUCCCAAGAAGCAAUGUUCGUUCGUCACCCGCGCCGGCUGGCAGCCAGCGAAAGGGUGGUUAAAGCGUAUAUGAUUUAUUUGGGCUUACGAUAAAGGGCGGCCCAAGGUACGGCUUACGGGAGCCAUGGUUACGAUCAUAGCUUGGAUCGUGUACACCAUCUUACACAUUAUGGAGCACUCGACGGUCAUGGGAGAACGCUGGUGUUUCGACUUGGAGUUCGUAUGGAUGAUGUCAGGGACAGUGGGAGGAAAAGGACAGGAAUACGACAGCAUUGAGUAGGAAAUCAGGAGGCGAGCAAAGGCUGUUGAACUGUAUUUUAACUUUUUACAAUCCCCAUAAGUGCCGUUUUGUUCAACGAUCAGUUCGACUUGGAUCACGC